AUGAAUUGCACGCUGAAGGUGGCUCGCGGCUUGAACUACUGCUGGACGAGGCUGCCGCAGUCGCAGAACCUACCCAGCCAGGUGCGACUGCUGAGCCACCGGCGCUUCGACCCCAGCUCGCAACCGCAGCUGCACAGGUUCCAUAAUCUGGCCAGGGAGGAGUCAGUGGAGCAGCCGAUGGCAAGCAGCGAACGACGCGUACCUGCGAUGAAGACUCCGCGCUACAACAUGACCGACCAAAGAGUGAAGCGUCCGCUCAGCAACCUGACCGACCAGCGAGUGAAGCGUCCUUUGAACGAGAUGACCGACCAGAGAGUGAAGCGUCCGCUCAGCGAGAUGGACGUCGAGAGGGUGAAGCGUCCUCUUACCGACAUGGACGUCGAAAGGGUGAAGCGUCCGCUCAGCUACAUGACCGACCAGAGAGUGAAACGUCCUCACAGCGAGAUGGAAAGGGUGAAGCGUCCGCUCAGUGACAUGACCGACCAGAGAGUGAAGCGUCCUUUGAACGAGAUGACCGACCAGAGGGUGAAGCGUCCUCACAGCGAGAUGGACGUCGAAAGGGUGAAGCGUCCGCUCAGCAACCUGACCGACCAGAGAGUGAAGCGUCCUCACAGCGAGAUGGACAUCGAAAGGGUGAAGCGUCCUCACAGCGAGAUGGACGUUGAAAGGGUGAAGCGUCCGCUUACCGAGAUGGACGUCGAAAGGGUGAAGCGUCCGCUCAGCGAGAUGGACGUCGAAAGGGUGAAGCGUCCGCUCAGUGACAUGACCGACCAGAGAGUGAAGCGUCCUUUCAACGAGAUGACCGACCAGAGGGUGAAGCGUCCGCUCAGCGAGAUGGACGUCGAAAGGGUGAAGCGUCCGCUCAGUGACAUGACCGACCAGAGAGUGAAGCGUCCUUUCAACGAGAUGACCGACCAGAGGGUGAAGCGUCCGCUCAGCGAGAUGGACGUCGAAAGGGUGAAGCGUCCGCUCAGUGACAUGACCGACCAGAGAGUGAAGCGUCCUUUCAACGAGAUGACCGACCAGAGGGUGAAGCGUCCGCUCAGCGAGAUGGACGUCGAAAGGGUGAAGCGUCCGCUCAGCGACAUGACCGACCAGAGAGUGAAGCGUCCUUUCAACGAGAUGACCGACCAGAGGGUGAAGCGUCCUCACAGCGAGAUGGACGUCGAAAGGGUGAAGCGUCCGCUCAGCGAGAUGGACGUCGAAAGGGUGAAGCGUCCGCUCAGUGAUAUGACCGCCUAACGGGUGAAGCUCGACAGGGUGGUGCAGCUUCUCCGAAUAGUUAGACAGCAGGUGAUCGAGCUACGGUUGGGCAGGCUUCACGUGUUCACUGCUCCAUGGUUGACUUCAUAAGGGAUUCAAGGGCGGCGGCUAGUUGAGAGCGGAGCGACAGCCCUCCCAGCGGACAUAGCAAUCCAUCGAAUUAUUCAGAAUUAAAAAUAGAGGUGCUUUCUUAAAAUGCUCAAA